UGGGAACCCCGCGUAUAAUGCGUCCAAGGCGGCUGUGAAGAGCAUUACCGAAAGUCUGGCUCAUGACCUGUUGUCCAUCCUGGAUGGACGUAUACGGGUACAAUACAUGUUUGAGCGCGUGCGGUGUGGCGACUUUUAUAUUAUCGUGCCCGACAAUGAAGUGUCUGCGCGCCUCGACAAGCUUCGGAUGCGGUGGGCGGCCGACGACAUUCCCGAGAACCGACCCGCGCUCUCGAGGUGGCACCCCGAGUGGCAGGCGAGAUUUGAAGAGUAUAUCAAGGGAGGACUGGAGCAUGAUCGUAGGAGGAGGCAGAGUCCGUAUCGAGGUGUUGUCGUGACGGAGGGCGAUGCUGGUGUUGAAUAG